AUGCUUAUAAUUAAUUAAAUUUCCAUAAAUUGCAAUUCAAUAUUUUUUGAAAAAUAAUAAAAAAGAAUUUUUAAGCUCUUCACUUUAAUAGUUUUUAGAACUCCAUAUUAAUCUGUAAAAAAUAAAUAUUUGAUUUAUUUAUUUUAUUAUUAUUAAUCUUUUAUUAUAUUUAAUUUUCAUUUUAUUUACAAUAUAUAUUAUUUAUUUUUAUUUGAUAUUUUUCUUUAUAUUAUUUAUACUGCUAACAUUUUUUUUUUUCUUUAUUUGUUUUUUUGUUAAUUUAACUCAGUUUUUUAUUUUCAGCUAUUACUUUUAUUAAUUAAUUUCUUAUUAUUUCUUCACUUUUUCCUUCUAACUAACUAAUUAGCGUUAUAUUUUUUCUUCAAUAUUUAAAAAGGUGAAAUAAAAUUGAUCACUAAGGUGCAUCAGAUUUAAGUUCUGGAUUAGAAAAGUGCACUAAUCUCUAAAAUUUGGCACUUCGACUUUCGUAAAAAUAGUUUAUUUGUUUAGGAUUGUGAUAUUUUUGAAUAUAAAAGUGAAUCGAAAACAAAAAAACUAACUCUUUUAAUUAAUUUAUUUUUUAUCUUUUUAUUUUUUAUUCAGCAAUAUUUUUUUUAUUUCUUUCUUUGUUCUUUUAUUAAUUUAACUCAUUUUUUUAUUUUCAACUAUUGCUUUUAUUAUUAAUUAAUUUAUUAUUAUUUAAUAUUUUUUCUUCAAUAUUUAAUAAGUGAUAAUAAAAUUGGUGACUCAGGUGCAUCAAGCUUAGGUUCUAAUUUAGAAAAGUGUACUAAUGUCUCAAGUUUGACACUUCAACUUUCUAACUGUGGUAUUAGAGACUAAUGUGUAUCAUACUUAUGUUCUGGUUUAGGUUAGUGCACUAAUCUCUCAAAUUUGAAACUUGAUCUGAGGUAAAAACAGUUUAUUUUUUCAAUAAAAUUGGUGACUUAAAGUGUAUCAAGCUUUGGUUCUGAUUUAAGAAAGUGCACUAAUCUCUCAAGUAUGACUCUUUCCAAAGAUUUUAAUUUGAGAUAAUAAUUCAAAAUUAAGUGUCUUAAAUUAAAAAGAUUAGUGGUCAUAAAAAUACUAAAAUGA